AUCAGAUUUAUGUUAACUGAGGUAAAGUCAAUGACCAACGCAGAAAUAUGUUGCAUUUCUACAGUUGUGUGCCAAUGGAAAACGGCCGAAAUCAUGUGUAAAAUGUCCUUUUCGAGUGUAAAUGUACCAGGAAAUUUUACAGUAUGAUAAUACCAGUUGUUCCAGUUUAUUAAUCGGGUGCAAAAUAUUUUGCAGAUUGUGUUUAUUUUUCGUACGACCGCGAUGACCAGAUCGGUUAUUUAACUUAAAAAAUGAGUGCCAACGCUACAGAGGAAAAAAUUAAUAGGAAAAUGCACGAACUGUUCAUGCAAGUUUUGAAAAAUAGAGACUUGUCUCGUGCUGGGGACCUUUUUUCCGUCCCAGAUUCUGUUAUCGUUAACGAUUUAACUAAUGUGUUAAAAGAGAUAACAACGAUUGCCUCUCUUCCCGAUUAUGUUAAUAAUGACAAUGAUCAAAGUGUUGUCGAAAUAUGCGUCACUCGAGUUACAUCUUGUAUCAGAGAAACGGGUAGUGUCGAACAACACUGCGAGGCGUUAGUAACUCUUCUAGAAUCAUGUUUACAUCACAAUCUUCAAGUCUCUGCAAGAGACGAAGACCCCCCGCACGCCAAGAUAUCGAGUGAUAUUAUAUCAUGUAUAUUCUUAAACUAUAGCAAAAAAACUGUAAUGCAGAGAGCUUUACCUGUAGCCGUAAAAUUUUUACACAAAGGAAAUAAGGAAUUAUCCAGGAAUAUGGCAUCUUAUUUGUCGUUAGCUGCUAUGGAGCACGCUUCGCUUCUAACGCCACAUGUACAACCUAUUAUGGAUUCAAUAAUAUCUGGAAACUAUCCUUUAUGUAGAGUUUUACCUAAUAUAUAUGAAGUUUCGCCUGAACCAUUCCAAGGACACGCAAUGGCGCUAGUGUCACUUCUCCCUCACUGUGAUAAUCAAGAAAAAUUAGCUUUGUUGCACCUAUUUUCUCUAAUGGCCAAGGACAAUCCUUCUCUAUUGGAAGCGAGUGUCCCCCAACUAUGUGAGUACUUAAGUAGUUCAGUAACAGCUGCUCCGACCUUACAAGUAUUCCUUUAUAUGGCUGAAAAGCAGCCCGCUCUUUUAGCAGAUCACAUCAACGCCAUGAAACAGUCUGCGCAACGACACCCUCAAACUAUCUGUUUAGCUGCUCAAAUUAUCGGCGCAGUUGGAAAACUCAGUAAGGAUCGUGCCCAAGACGCACUAAACUUUGUUCUCGAGUAUCUACCCAAGGCAGAUCGAGGUUCACAAAGUACUUUACUGAGGGAAGCCACACUGUUGUGUAGUUCCUAUCCCGUUCUUUUCACGGACAAGGUGUUAGCUGGAGUUCGGCAGAGACAUCACACAAGUACAAAUCAAAUCACUCAAACCAUGAAUCAAAGCAUACACAACCAAGUCACUUCGGGUGGUGUCACGAUAGUAAAAGUUGGCGGUAUCCAGCAUCAAAUACAACAACCCCAUACCCCGGCCCCUUCUACCGGGGUGUACACCCGACGAGCCAAGCUUGGCGACUCGCGAAGUACCGGGAGACUUCACACCGCACCCACGUCCAAUACUCAUCGAAGCAUGACAAGACUUAACAUCGCCGGAGGCUCAGUCGGUGGUUUACACAAAAGCAUGACCAGAUUAAGUUCCUCGCAGCAGAUUAACGCUGUCCUAGGGCACUCCGGUGUCGUACCUACAUCUCCUCUCUCAAACAACGUGGUCGUGGCGAAUUCCAGCAAAUGGCCCGGGUCUAAUGUUAGAGUCUCUAGCGGGGGCGUGACCGUGACUACUAUAUCACCGCCUAGGAUACAGAGACCUUUAAGUCAGGGGCCCCUCACUCUAAUUACGAAUCAUACGAACCAGGUGGGAAGCCCAAUAUUACUUACACCGCCCCCUUUGCAAAUUAAUAACACCGUAACGGUGAGUUCUGGUUAUACCGGGCCUAUUUCCAGUGGUCAAGUAUCGAUUUUAACGAGUGGGAUCAACAAUACGGUAACGCAGACUAUACCCGUUGGUAACAGUAUAGUACACACUCCACCGCCAAUGCUAGAACCACUAAAUGUGACUAACAGUACAUCGGGGAUUCCAGGAAUGGGAAGUAGCAACGUCAAUGUUAGUGGGCCGACAACGGUAAUUUCACGUCGAACCAACAACACCAGCGUAACAAUGAUAAAUCAGAACUCCGUAGCGAAUCAGAGAAUGAGCGUUUUCGAGCCUUAUCCAAUGAGAGACACCAUCCAGCAUUUCUGUGAGAAACACUUGGACAAAAUAAAAGUGUACAUGGAAAACGUGUCGCUGAAAAUCCCAUCACCAGCGAAAUGUACUAUUGAGGAGAAGAGACAGAAAAAGUCGGCGAAAUUACACUUUGCUUGUCAAGCUAGAGGACAACACUGUCUCUAUUCCAAGACUUACUUCACAAUGAGGACCAGAAAUCCGAGGAUUUGGAUUCACUUAAUGUUUAUUUCGCUACAGGCACGUCACUCGCACGCUUUAAGCUCCCGAGACGCCCAAGUGGCCAGUUUGAAGCAUUGUUGGGACAUACUGAAAUGCGAGAACAAGACGUUUCUGACGGUUGUGACAAGCGCCUUUCCUUGUACGAAGGACCAAGACUCUCUAGUAAACGAACUUAGACAUUCCGGAUACUUCGACGUAUUUCAAAUCUGUCCGCCGAAUAUUGGAGGAUCUGCCGAUACCCUGGACUCAGGCUCAGGCGCCUUAAAGUGGGGCUGUUUCCUGUGCGCCCAUCCCGAAAGAGCAGUAGGCUUCCUAAGAGACGAUACCCAACCAGUCAUCGAAGGCCAACUAAAAGAAAAGAAGGGCAGAUGGAGGCUAUUUCGAAGGUGGCGAACUAGAUACUUCACUUUGUCAGGUGCACAUCUUUCAUGCAGAGGUUCGGGUGGUGGCGAAUCGAUUGACGUCAACCAGAUCAGGUCGGUAAAGGUGUCUCGGGGAGCGAGAAACAUUCCAAAAGCGUUCGAAAUCUUUACCGAAAAUCAGACGUUGAUCCUCAAGCCGAAGGACGGGAAAAACGCCGAGGAAUGGGUCCAGUGUUUAAGUAUAGUCGUUGCUCACUCUCACGCUAAGGAAUUACCCGGGAAAAGCAACUCCUUGCCUGCCAGAGGUAUAAGUUCUAGUCGAACGGCUAUUUAAAAGUUCGUUUAAAGAAGCUAGUAGUACCGCGAGAUUCUUUGUUUUGUAAUUAUGUAUUAUUGAAGAAACGGUAAUUUUUAUAUAAGGCAACCGGUUUUUUAAUGUUGUCCAGUUUAUGAAAGAUUUUAUAUGUAAUUUAUACAAGUUAGCAAAAAAGAAAUGAAAUUUAUAUUUUUUAUAUUUAAAAAGUCUAUUAAA